CGUAUGCGGGAUCCAACACUUCCAGAGAGCGGGGCACAGGCAUCUGAAUCUGUUUCAAAGCACAUACUACGUUGUAGUCACGUUUUCUACGGUCGGUUACGGGGACUUUGUACCUGAUAUUUGGCCCUCGCAGCUUUACAUGGUCAUCAUGAUCUGCGUUGCUCUUAUAGUUCUACCUACUCAGUUCGAGCAGUUGGCUUUCACGUGGAUGGAAAGGCAGAAGCUAGGUGGCUCGUAUUCCUCGCACCGAGCGCAAAGUGAAAAACACGUGGUGGUCUGCAGUACGACACUGCAAGCCGACACCAUCAUGGAUUUUCUAAAUGAAUUUUACGCUCACCCCCUGCUACAGGACUAUUACGUGGUGCUAUUGUCACCUAUGGAACUGGAUACCACGAUGAGAAUGAUUUUACAAGUGCCCAUUUGGGCGCAGAGGGUAAUCUAUAUUCAGGGCUCGUGUUUGAAAGAUAGCGAUCUAACUAGAGCCAGAAUGAACGAGGCAGAAGCUUGCUUCGUUCUUGCUGCUAGGAAUUACGCCGACAAAACCGCUGCUGACGAGCACACAAUACUUAGGUCGUGGGCAGUGAAGGAUUUUGCACCAAAUGUUCCUCAGUACGUUCAAAUUUUCCGUCCGGAGAACAAGCUUCACGUGAAAUUCGCGGAGCAUGUGGUAUGCGAAGACGAAUUCAAGUACGCCCUUUUGGCAAACAAUUGCACGUGUCCCGGUGCUUCAACCUUGGUUACCCUUCUGUUGCACACUUCCAGAGGACAAGAGGGACAACAGUCGCAGGAAGAAUGGCACAGGCUAUACGGAAAAUGUUCCGGAAACGAGAUUUAUCACAUUAUCCUAGGCGAUUCCCGGUUUUUCGGCGAGUACGAGGGCAAAUCCUUUACUUACGCGUCCUUCCAUAGUCAUCGUAAAUACGGGGUGGCAUUGGUCGCGGUCAGACCGGCGGAACUUCCGGAGUUUUACGAGGAUACCAUCCUCCUGAAUCCUGGUCCGCGUCACAUAAUGAAGAAGACGGACACCUGCUACUACAUGAGCAUCACGAAGGAGGAGAACUCGGCGUUCGUGGUGGCUAACAACCAGACCGGAAGCGGCGUGGAGGGCAUGCAAGUGGUGGUCGAGACGAAGACAGACGGGACAGGGAAUGCAAACAGCAGUUCGACCAGCAACACGACCACCAACAACACCACCACCACGAUGAAUUCGGGAACGGGUGCCGGUACCACGACGACAACCACCACGAUCUCUACCAGCUGCACGAUUGCCGGCGGUGAUGGGAACGGUACAGCAAACAAGCCCGGUGCAAACGAGCACCAUCGUUAUUCCAACCGUUGUAACAAUGCGCUGAACGAAACAGCUUGCUGCAGACAGGAGACGACCUGCACGGGGCCCCGUGGACAGACCGUACACGGUACACAGGCACACAGGGCCCCACAGGUUAUUUUACAGGUCCUCCCUAGCACGCCCACACCACUCGAACACCACAACAUACUCGCAUCCGAUGUCCACCCAACCUAUCUAGAUCCAGGAGGAUUCGCAGAUUCGCGUCAGUGCUUGAAAGAUGGAGGAUCCACGCCGCAGACGCCAAUCACCGGAAACCACUUGGACGUUCCCAGAUCCAUCGAGCCAAAUCCAAAUCUGCUCAGCCCUGAAAUUCUUACACAAAGAAGAGGAAGCAGAAGGCCAAGUAUCUUACCGGUGCCAGACAUGCUGACGAGCUCAACGUUACAUCUUCCCGGUCAAGAAUCUUUAGACCACGAAGGCGACGAAUCCGAGGACGAAAUGGACGACGACGUCCCAUGGAGAUCGCCCAGCGAGAAGAUAGCUUUCAAAGGGAUCGUCAAGGGAUUUCCACCUGUUUCACCCUUCAUAGGCGUAUCGCCGACGUUAUGCUAUCUACUAAAAGAAAAGAAACCACUGUGCUGUCUUCAGCUAGCACAGGUUUGUCAACAUUGUAGCUACAAGAACGCCAAGGAGUACAAUUGGCAGAACAAGACCAUAAUCUUGGCGGCUGAUUACGCCAGCAAUGGGAUCUAUAAUUUUAUUAUUCCUUUGAGAGCUCAUUUUAGAUCAAAAACUUCACUGAAUCCAAUCAUUCUUCUGUUGGAACGGACACCGGAAAUUGCGUUCCUCGACGCGUUGUCCUACUUUCCUCUGGUGUACUGGAUGCGAGGAACCAUCGACUGUUUGGACGAUCUUCUUCGUGCCGGUAUCACACUCGCAGAAAAUGUCGUGGUCGUAAACAAGGAACUUAGCAAUUCCGCGGAGGAAGAUACUUUGGCCGACUGUAAUACGAUCGUCGCGGUACAGACGAUGUUCAAAUUCUUUCCCAGCAUAAAAAGCAUAACGGAGCUCUCGCAGUCGAGCAACAUGCGUUUCAUGCAAUUCAGGGCGCACGACAAGUACGCUCUUCAUCUCAGCAAAAUGGAAAAGAGAGAAAAAGAAAGAGGAUCGCACAUAUCGUACAUGUUUCGAUUACCCUUCGCGGCCGGAAGUGUCUUCAGCGCCUCCAUGCUGGAUACACUUCUCUACCAAGCCUUCGUCAAGGACUACAUGAUCACGUUCGUGAGAUUGCUGCUGGGUGUGGAUCAAGCUCCUGGGUCUGGCUUCUUGACAUCUAUGAGAAUCACGAAGGACGACAUGUGGAUCAGGACAUACGGCAGGCUGUACCAGAAACUCUGUUCAACGACCUGCGAGAUCCCAAUUGGCAUUUACAGAACGCAGGACACCACUGUCUCCGACACGUCUCACGGCGACUCAGACGCGGAGAGCGACGCCGGCGUCGGCGUGACGUACAAGGUGCGUCAUUCGGCGGCAGCUUCGUGCCUUGCAAAUUGCGCCACCCGCGACAAGGGUGCCUCAGCCUACUCGGUGAGCCUCGGCGACGAAGCCCGCGACAACCACUCCCAGCAGAUCGAGAGAGCCGAGAUCGCCAAUCUGGUCCGUUCCCGGAUGGAGUCGUUGAACCUACCGGUAGCUGACUACGACGACGUCUCGGAGAAACGAAACAGCCUGUCCUACGUGAUCAUCAACCCCAGCUGCGAUCUGAAGCUCGAAGAGGGCGACAUCGUGUACCUGGUGCGACCUAGUCCCUUCUCCGCGCAGAAGACCUUCGAACGGCACAAUUCGAGGAGAAAGAGCAACAUCAGCUUCUGUUCGGCUCAGUUGGUGUCUCAGAUGAGCGCUGCGGUGGCACAAGUCGGUCUACCGGGCGCUGGAAGUCGUCGAGGAUCAGGGAUCGGUCUUCCCAGGGCUCCUCCGUUGAGCACCACGAAAUCGAACUCGCUGUCUCUGCCGGACAGUCCCACGGUGGCUGGUACACUUCGCGGUCGGUCCAACUCUCUGCGAGUGGUCGACGAUAUUCUGCUGAGACGUUCGAACUCGUUGAGGCAAGGACUGACGAUGAGCAGGCGAAAGAGUAGCCUGGAGGACAUAGGUUUAGGUGCACUGUCCCAUCCUUCGAAUCACAACCCGAUUAAAAUAGCACUGAACGGAUCUAUCGGUCUGGAGGUGACCCCGCCUGAAGAAGGCUCUCAGGCUGGUGUAGCGAGCAACACGGGAAUCCUGGACGUAGGUCUGCCGUCUAUGCCAGAGUUGACCGCUGCAUUGGGAUCGAACAUGGAUCCUAGCUUCGGUGGUUCACUGGGCGGAUUGUACGACCAGCCGAACCUUCAGGGUCCACUUGGAUCGCAGUCGCCGCAGAUCCAAGGCGGUACACAGGAUCCUCAGCAUAUACAAGGGACAAUCGUAUGA